AUGAUCGUAUCAGGUGCCCUGGCACAACAUAUAAUACCGAUAAUUCAAGAAUGCCCACAGUUAGUCUCAAUUUAUAUUUUAUGUGACAAUCAAUCGAUUCGUGACGAAUGGGCCAAAACAAUACCUAAGGUAAAAGGUAUAUACACACAAAUCGAACCGAUUUGUAAAGCAUUACAAAUCGAUCAAGAAAAUUGUGAUCGAGCUAUGAUCUCGAUAAGUUUUAAUAGAAUUGAUCCAUUAUUUAUGUAUACACAAUUGUUAAAAGAAGCACUUUUGGAAAUAGAAGAUGAUGAUGCAAAAUCGAUUAAGGAACUCGUUGAAUACUGUCGCCUUCAAAGCGAUGCUUCCGAAAAAACACUUGAAAAGAUUGAAGAAGAAUAUCGUAAUCAUUCACCUAUUUGGUGGUACACAGGUCCAUAUUUUAUUUACUCAAUGCUCAAUUGUGGUCUUCGACAAAUGAAUGUCGAUAUUAUCUUGAAGAUGGGUUUCUUCAUUCGCCAUUUACAUAAUCAUAUUAAAGAAUUACAUCGCAAGCAACAAGACAAGGUACCAACAAAAUUUCAAGUCUUUCGUGGACAAGGUUUGUCCAUGGAAGACUUUGAAAAAAUGAAAAAAACCGAAAGAGGACUUAUGUCCUUUAAUAAUUUCUUGUCGACAAGUCGUAAUCGUGAGAUAUCUUUCAACACCUAUGCACGAGCAGCAGCAUUUAAUCCAAAUUCAGUUGGUGUUCUCUUCGUUAUGAACAUUGAUAGGAAUAUUUGUACAAAUUCAUCCACACCAUUUGCCGAACUAAGCAAAGUUGGCUUUUAUAAAGAUCAAGAAGAAGAAAUACUCUUUUCAACACAUACAAUUUUUCGUAUCGAUCGCAUCGAAAGAAUUGAAGACAAUCAUACUGAUCGAUUAUGGCAAGUUAAUCUCACUAUCGUCGGCAAUCAAGAUGAUGAUUUUAACAAACUUACAGCACGGCUCCGUGAAGAGUUCCAGAUAAAAACAGGAUGGAACCGACUGGGUGAGAUUCUUAUUAGACUUGGUGAGUCUGCAAAAGCAGAACAAUUCUAUAAAAUACUUCUCGACAAGCUAACUUCUGAUGCUGAUCGAGCACAGAUUAUGAAAUCAUUUUUUCACAUCUUAUUUCGAUUAACAUUAACAUAUUUUUUAAUGAAGGUUACAAUUGAAGAUUACAAAUAUUAUUUUGAUCAAUUUUAA